UGUUGACCCAAAUUCCUGCCCCUCAUCAAGCCUGGGGAAAACCUUCCCCAGCGCUUGUACGGCUUUGGUUUGGCGCUGGAUAUCUAGCCCUUCGUCCGCAAUUCGAUCAAUAGGAACAGGUAUCGGUGGUCAUUCUGUGCGCCUUUUCCUCCCCCGCAGCCAUUAUGCCUCCCCUCUCGAUGAGCCGGUACUGCCAUCCACGAGUGGUAGUGGAGGAGUCCAAGGAGGUUAUCCUACCCAGGCGAACCAGCUAUGCCCGCUCUUACGAUGUCUUCCUUCUUUGACAAGCUACCUCAAAAUUGCAAUUCCAACGCUUGAAGCUCUCAUCCUUCUAAGAAAACAAAAAACCUCCACAGACCACGCUCCUCUUGCCGAAUACAGGAUGUCCGAUCCAAAUUCCUCACCAACCGUCGACUAUGGUAGAAACACGAACAGGGCAGAUGUUUUGAUCAUCGGUGCAGGCAUCUCUGGCAUGACAAUUGCGAUUGAUAUGAUACGCAAGGGCAACGGACGCAACUUCAUUAUUGUGGAGAAAGGCAAUCAGGUUGGAGGAACAUGGAAUGAUCAGCGGUAUCCCGGAUGCUGCUGCGACGUCUGGAGCCACCUUUAUUCGCUUUCAUUCGAACCAAAUGCAAGCUGGACCCGAGAAUACCCUGGACAGGAGGAGAUUCUCGACUACCUCGUGGAUCUCGCACAUAAGUAUCAAUUGUACAAACAUAUCCGCUUCAAUUCCGCAGUGGAAGAAGCACAAUGGGAUGAGACAACAUACACAUGGAAGACAAAGAUUGCUAGGUUGGGUAGCAAGGACUCCGAGUUUGGACAAAGCUACACGGUCACUUCAGACUUCCUUGUCUCUGGUGUUGGGCAACUGAAUGUCCCUCAGUAUCCUAACAUUCAAGGCCUUGACUCGUUCACGGGAAAAUUGAUGCACUCGGCCAGAUGGGAUUGGGAUUACGAUCUGAAGGACAAGAAGGUUGGGAUUAUUGGCAAUGGUGCCACUGCCGCCCAGAUCAUUCCAGAAAUUGCAGCAGUCUGCAAGAGCUUGACAGUCUUCCAGAGGACUCCAAACUGGGUCAUCCCUAGAGACGACAAGCCCAUCACGCCGGCACGUCAAGCGGCUUACAAGUAUCUACCAUUCGUCCGCCGCAGGUAUCGUGCAGGCUUGAUGGAUUGUAGAGAAUCAUUCUUCGAUGUAGUCUUUGAUGUCAAAUCACCUGUGCAUGAGUUCAUGAUGUCCGUGUCAAAGAAUCAGAUGGAAGCCCAACUCCCAGGGGAGAAGUAUGCCAAGUUGCGUGAGCAGCUACAGCCUCACUACGCGGUUGGAUGCAAACGAGUCAUCAUCACUGAUGACUACUUCCCGACGUUCACUCGCCCGAAUGUGCUCCUUGAAAUUAUGCCGAUUCAAAACAUUACUUACAAUGGCGUCAAGGUUGAAGGCGGCAGGGAGCACGAUUUCGACCUUCUUAUUCUGGCAACAGGUUUUAAGACCACUCAGUUCAUGUACCCAAUCAAGAUAUAUGGUUCGAGCGGCAGGUCGAUUGAAGACAUAUGGUCCUCUGGCGCAUCUGCAUAUCUUGGAAUGACAGUUCCAACCCUCCCAAAUUUUAGCAUGCUCUACGGUAAGCAUCUCUGGAAUUCUGCUCUGCUACUUUCCCUUGUUGACUAUCUCUCAGGCCCAAACACAAAUCUUGGACACAACAGCAUCAUCCUCAUGAUCGAAGCGCAGGCGCUGUAUAUCAACACAUUGAUCAGCAAGGUGAAAGCUGCAAGGUCUAAAGGCGAGAAACUUCGGAUUGAGCCAAAGAUUAAAGUCGUUGAGACGUACAACAAGGAGAUCCAGUGUCGUCUAGCCGAGUCUGCAUUCGCGGAUCCGAAUUGCAAUUCCUGGUACAAGAAUGAGGCAGGCUUGAUUACAAAUAAUUGGGCUGAUGCCGUAAUUCCAUAUCAGAAAAGAACGAGCUAUAUCGACUGGGAUGACUUUGAUGUUAUUGGUUCUGGAGCGGCCGAAGUCAAAGCAGAGGGGAUAACAAAAUGGGCAAGAGUUAUUGAAGAGACGCAGGUGUCGAAUACAGCAUUACUUGCCGGUCUCCUUACCACAGCAGGGGCAGUGGCGGCUGGCGCCAUGUACAGGAACUCUCUCAAGGCUAUGUUGCGAAAUUGAGAUGUAUUGGUAUCUAAUGCUUGCCCGAUUUUCUUACCAUAUAUGGAAUUGUACAACAUAGUAUUAGUACACUGAUAGGCACGUAUCAUUUCUUGAAA